UGUAGUACAGUCAUUUGAAGACAUUUCAAAUYUUCGUUUUAURGUGRCACUAGGGCACUGAAUUAAAUUCAGCAAGGAUCCGUUGAUAUGGAAACGCACUUUUUUGUGACUUCGUGCCUCUUUCCUUUUUUGUUGUUGGGUUCCCUGUGRAAUAUUAGUAUGCACGUGACGUGACGUAGUGUCUAGUGAUUUUCCGUCGGGGCUUCCUUGAUUGUGGAAAUACCAGAAGUGAUUCGAAUAUAUUUGUUGCAAGGAAAAUAUUUAAAGAGAUUAUGUCGUGCAGCAGAAAACCUUUUAGCAGUGACUCCAGUUAUGAUCCAAUCAAAGAAAACGUAAAGGAGCACUACCGUAAGGAAUUGAAGUCUACGCCUGAGGCAAAACCUUCCUGCUCGUUUAGUGUAAUUCGUGAUGAAAGCAUAAAAGAAGCUCCUUCUUAUAUCAAAGAGGCACUAAGUCUUUGCCAUAAAGAUGUACUAUCCAAGUUUUACGGUUGUGGUUUGGUAAUYCCACAAGUUCUCGAGGGCAAGACCGUUCUUGAUAUAGGCUCUGGAGCAGGGCGUGACAGCUUUCUCCUUAGUAAGAUGGUUGGCGAAAAGGGACGCGUCACUGGGAUAGAUAUGAUGCAAGAAAUGCUGGAUGUUUCCAAUAAAUACRUCGAUUAUCACAAAGACAAAUUUGGUUACUCUCAGUCCAAUGUUGAGUUUAAACUUGGUUACAUUGAAAAGCUGAGUGAAGUGGGAGUUCAUGACUCUUCUGUAGACAUCGUUAUCUCCAAUGGUGUGGUGAACCUGACGCCAGAUAAAAAGGCAGUGCUGAACGAGGCUCGCCGAGUUCUCAAGGAUGGAGGGGAAAUCUACUUCAGCGAUGUCUAUGCCGAUAGACGUUUGUCUGAUGACAUCAAGAACGAUGAAGAGCUUUGGGGCCAAUGCAUCUCUGGAGCACUAUGGUGGAAAGAGCUGGUCGAUAUAUCUAAGGAGGUGGGACUUAGUGGUCCAUACUUAGUUGAAAGAAUGGCUAUCAUCGUUACCAAAGAAGAACUCAAGAAAAUUGUAGGUGAUGCCAAGUUUGCCUCCGCUACUUACCGUCUUUUCAAAGUCCCAAGAAGUGAUGAGGAGAGCAAAGAGAAAUUUGUAGCGACAUACAAAGGAUCUGUCAAAGAACACCCGGAUGAGUUCACGUUUGAUAUUUAUCACACGUUCAAGACUGGUGAGGCUUGUGAUAUCUCUGCCAACAUUGCAGACAUCAUACGUCAAUCAAGAUUUGCCGAGCACUUUGACGUAAAGCCYGYWGRUGGUGUUGGAGAUGUGUGUGAUGUAUAUGAAAUUGCUGAUCCGUUCAGAGGUCUAGAUAUGGAUGGCGGUGGAUUGUGCUGCAGYACGACGCCCUGCUGCCAAUARGAUUCGCGCAUACAGCAUUUUGAUAGAAGUCUUUAAAAAGACUUCACAUUUAUUUUACGCCUUGGGUCUUUUAGAAGGUGUUGGUACUUAUUAUAAUCGUUUAAUUUCUUUUUAAUUGUAUCCAUAAUCCCUUUCGGGUGUAGUUGUAGAGGUCCKUACSGAUCAUGAAAACUUGCUGCGAUAGACCAUCUAGACCAUCWACAUACUUGUAAACAACUAUGUAUUAGAUCAAAAUAAAUUUUAACAGUUUUUACAAAUCCUA